AGACUACAGAAGAGAGCUGAACGUUUCAACGUGCCGGCGUCAGCUGACAGCAAGAAAGCCAUGCGUGUGGCGAGGUUUGGUUUACCCACUGAUGCUUCCAGUCCCUCUCCAGGUGUUGUUGCAAACAGUAAAGCUGCUGUCAAUAUUGAUCAGCUAAAGAAGAGAGCAGAAAGAUUUGGCGUCAACGUUUCAACUAUUUCACAAAAGGUGGAGGAUGAUGAAAAGCUGAAAAAGAGAAAGGAGAGGUUUGGGAUCCUCACAGGGUCGUCAGCAGGAGCAGCUGACACUGAGGCAAAGAAAAUGAAGCGAGCUGAACGAUUUGGAAAAGUGUAAAUGGUGAUGAAGUUUGUUGUUGUGAAGAGUUUUCAAGGCUGUGGGAGGUUUUCAUCUUUCUGUGGGAACACAAUGUUAGUCCCGUGGUUCUUGGGGAUCAAAAGUACAUUUAAAUCUGAAGUUAAGUGUUUGGCUGUGGGAAAAGUUCAAGAAUUAUACAAAAAUAAUCCCUUAAAUACUGAGUUAAUCAUGAGAUCUACCACCAGUUUCUGUGUUUUAAAACAGUUUUCGGUGAGGUCCUCAAACAGGUUGUUUACUUGUUGUUUUCUCUUCGGGACUUUUAUGGUACAACUUUUAAUUUUAAGGACGUUUCUUCUAAGAAAUCUGCUUUCUUUCAUUUCCAAAACCAAUGUUUUAUAAUGACUUUGUCCUGCUUCCUUGUAAAACAAUAAAUCUGUAUAUUAGAAGUGAUUGAUUUAUUAAGCAAUAAUCAAUAUUAAGAGGUUGAGUAACAAAAUAAAUGUCAGGUUUUUUAAUUAGCUCUAAUCCAGACAGCAGUCCUGUGUUUAAUUGUACUUUUGAGUAAUUCUGCAGCCUUUUAAUUACUAGUUUUAUUUUGAGGUUAUUUCCUAUAACACUGCGU